CAAUGUCACUGGGUGGUAGAGAUAGCAACCACCGAUGGAAAUUGCGCGUGGCUUUUCCUGAUGACGCUGUUCACUUUCCGCUGGUAAAUGCGACUCCAGGACUGGGUCUUCCAUUUGUGCACCAGCUCCGUUCGCCCCUGCGAACGCUCUACUCGCCUUGUUGAUGAGAUUGCACUGUGCAGGGUCUCCUGGUUCGCGCAGGAUGUCUAAUACAACAUAUGAACUACAGAAAUUCUGUGCUGAGUCGUACUUUGAAACACAACCACAACCUCCUUCACUCGUCGCCGACAUAAAGGGCGUUCACGAAUUUACCCAACGGCAACGACAGGCUAAUUUAUCCGUCGUACUUGUAACGGUGCUCGCGUCAUGCUCUGCUAACCAUCAUGCAGGUACCCGAGAUGCGAUAUCUGCCGAAUAUUUCCUGAAAGCUGGUUAUGGCGUCAUAUUCGUGCAUCGCCAGUUCAGCCUGCAACCUUUCAGUCGACGUUUAGUGUAUGCCCAAGGAACCCUACUCAUGGUCUCGUUCGUUACCAUGAACGAAUAUCUUUGGUUACCGCACGCAGUCAGUAGAGCGAUGAGUGUCUCAGGAAGAAAGGUGACGUAUCAUCUUGCUACCGCUGUCAGUGAUUUCUUCCUACCGCAGCAGAGAUUGUCGGAACAUUGGAUACAAUCUAGAAAGGGCAAUCUGUCCACAGAAAUGGAUCAAGUACCGAAGAUAUUAAAGCCACUUGUGUCAGAGCGGAACCCAGAAGGAUUCAUUGUGUUCUUCAAGCUGGAAAUUGACGAGACAAACGUGAUUCCGAAAGCUCAACAGGCGCUUGAGCGCUAUGGGCACCAGGUGGUGAUCGGAAACGAUCUCCAUCACCGCAAGUAUCGAGCUGUGUUGACAUCUCCCAUGGCGAAGGCAAACGCUACAAAGAAACUGGAUGACGUCGUUGUAUCUCAACCGAAAUAUGCGGAAUUUUGGAUAGAAAUUGAUUUUCAUCAACCGUCCAACCAUCCCAAAGAAAUAGACGAAGACAGCGUUGCAAUUGCUUAAACGCUAUAAUGCAUGGACCGAGGGCUCAUGAGCAGGCAGAGGAAUAUGGUAUCAUUCAGAAGACCAUCUCGUUCGAAUUGUCCUAUGCUGCAACCUGGGAUAAAUACCCUCUUUGAACCCUUACGUAUCACGAAAAAUAUAUGUCGAGGCAGAUCACUGGCAGUGUCAACACUCAGAUGCGAGGGUGGGGACUGCUGGACGACCUCAAUCGUGACAACAACAGUGGUUUUGGUCUGUCCGGUGUAUCGUAAGUAUCAUAUGUCGUCUAGCUUAUCGAGGAGGUGGCACUUGCUAAAUACCAUAUUUCAUCAACGUUGGAGUCGUCGGCAAAUUUCAACUAACCUCGAGCUGUCAACGAGUGUCUCCUCUGCGUGGUAGUGUCUCCUCUGCGUGGUAAGUACAACCUUACUCACGACACUCGCAUGCACUGUUUUGUUACAUUGACCGAAAUAAUCAUUGUGAUCGUCAAAAUGUACAUUCCUGUGCCACACCAU